AUGCCACACGCCCUCUCAAUUCCAGCAUCUGGAUUCCAGGCCGUAAUUCUGUGCGGCCCAGGAUCUUCAUUUCCAACCUUUACCGCAAAUCCUGAUGAAAAUCCAAAAGCCCUAAUUCCUAUCGCCAACAGGCCUAUGGUAUGGUACCCGAUCGAAUUUUGCUAUCGAAUGGGAAUAACCAAUAUUACGUUAAUAACGCCUUAUUCCUCAGCACCUGCUAUUACAGCAGCUCUCAAUACCAACCCACAUUUAACCAGUCUUCCUCUACCCAAGCCGAACAUCUUGGCACCAGAGAACCUGGACCAAAACACUGGUACAGCUGCAAUAUUUCGCCUUCAACAGGUGAGGGAUAUAAUAACGGGUGAUUUCAUCGUCCUACCAUGCGACCUAGUAUGUGAGAUCGGCGGCGAGUCGCUGUUGGAAUCUUGGAUGGUAAGAGAGGCCAAAAUUGAAGACCCUUGUGAGCGAGGAUUUCUCACCGAGAACAGAAAAUCCGAAUGUCCUGAGAAAGUUGGGCGCAGAGGCGGAUUAGGCGUUUGGUAUGAAACAAAACGGGAUGUAGUAAUCAAAGAUGAAGAAACAGACUUUAUUGCCACAUCACCAUUGGAACUAGGACCAAUUCUUCCUUCUAAAUCUUCAAUACUAAGUCACAUAUCAAGUCUUAUUUACUCAAUCCCAACAGACUCUCUAAGAGACUUAUUGGAAGAUAAAAAAAGCUUUCCGGUUCGUCAUGGCCUAAUUCGUUCCAAUCCUCGGAUUCGGAUGCUGAGUUCUCACCGUGAUGCACACAUUUACAUAUUCCCAGCCUGGGUUCUAGAUAUGAUCAACGGAAAUGAACAUAUGGACAGCAUUGGUGAGGAUGUUAUCGGAUGGUGGGCAAAGGCUAGAUGGCAAGAAGGUCUUAAAGAAAAGUUAGGUCUGGGAGAAAUAUUCACCAAAUAUGAUCCUGGCUCUCCUGAUGAACAUAGCUACAGCACCAAACCCGAAUGCCAUACCAACUUCGGAGGUUUAAGUACGACAUGGACUUCAGAAUUAAAAAGCGCCGAAACCAACAGGGCAGAUUCGUCUCAGGUACCCCCUAUUUUAGCCUACCUUCAUCCAAAAACUGGUAAACUUAUACGACGAGUUGAUACUGCAUCUUUAUUACUUGCGACAUCUCUACAACUUGCCAAGUUAGAUUCAAUCGAUGUAGCGGGGAAGGAUUCUUCAUCUCCAUUUGCCCACCAAUACAAGAUCGCUCAUCCUGAUGGUAUUGCUCCUCGCACGACCGUCACCAGAGCCGAUUGUCUUAUUGCCGAAAAUGUAACUGUUGAAGAAAAAUCUUCUAUAAAAGAGUGUGUCAUUGGAGCAAAUUGUCAUAUCAAAGGCGGAGCCAAACUUUUACGCUGCAUUUUAAUGGACGGUGUUGUUGUAGGAAAAGGAUGCAAGCUCACCGGCUGCAUAUUAGGAAAGCGAUGUGAGAUUGGCGAAGAGUCUAUUUUGCAAGAUUGUGAAGUCCAAGAAAACCUAUUUAUCGAGCCUAGAACUGAGGAUAAAAAUAAUAAGCUCAUGUCGUCCGAGGGCAUGGAAACAACCGAAGAUGACUUUCAAGUAUUAACUGCUGACGAUCCUGGAACUGAAAUUGGGUUACCAUCAUGA